GCCUCACAGGGCAGUAACGUCAUGGUAACAUGCUUAGAAAUAAAAUAGAAAAAACCUGACAAACGUUCCAAUGAAUUGAAGCGGGGGCGUGGACUCAGGCUGGAGAGAUGUCAUCCAGUACCAGAGAAAUUCUCCAGCAGGUUUAUGGAAACAGCAGAAACCUGUUGGUGCAGGUACUUGGCUUGAAAGAAAAGAUAUGCGCGGCUAAGAGAGGCAGCAGAGAUUGAUUGUCACUCAGCGGCACGACAGCAGCUCUGCGAGCCUGAAACAAUCUAGAGACGCGCAGCAGGAGAAACCUGGGCAGAUAAGCAUCUGCACUACAGAACCUGUUAGAGCACAGUGUCUCGGAGCAGCGGAGGAGCAGCCAGACUUGAAGAUGCAAGGUCGUCUGCGUUUGCGCCCGUGGCUGGAAGAACAGAUCAAGUCCGGCAAAUACCCUGGAGUCAUGUGGUUGGAUGAAACUGCCCGGGUCUUCCAGAUUCCUUGGAAGCACGCCGCUCGACACGGAUGGAAUAUAGACAAGGACGCCACUUUAUUCCGAAACUGGGCAAUCCAUACAGGGCGAUACAAACCUGGCAUAGACAAACCGGAUCCUAAGACAUGGAAAGCCAACUUCCGCUGUGCUCUCAACUCACUGCCAGACGUCCAAGAGCUUCGAGACAAAAGCAUCAAGAAAGGCCACAAUGCCUUCAGGGUCUACAUCCUACUCCCCAGCAACAAAACCCCCAAGAGGAGGAAAGUUUUCAGGAGCUUGGAUACGGACGCCGCCAGAGUCGCUUUGCCUGCAUUACUGCCACACACCAAUGCACCUCUAGAGCGCUUUACGGAGGCCUUCUGGAAGUACAGGGAGGACAACGCGGGUGUAGUUCCUGAGGUGUUCACAAAACACGGCUACCCCACCUUUCCGCCGGUGAAAGAAGAGCGGUCAGCGAACUACUGCUGCUCUCCAGCUGCCAUCAGCACUGCGGCGCACGACACUCCGGCUAACCCAGCGGAGGACCACGAGCAGACGGAGGCCGUGCUAAAGAUUGUAGACCAUCUACAGAACCUGGAACACUGGAGCCCCCUGUAUGAGCACGAAAGAAGUUGGAGACCACCAAAUUCCUGGAUGGAAUGUCUUUAUGAAUCCGUGGACUGUUCGGCCUACCCCUUCCCGACAGACUGUCACAAUCACAGUAUCACAAGUCAAUUUCCCUGAGACCACCAGCCAGACUCAGACUCCCACCACCACUCAGAGCUGCAGAAGCAGCUACAGCUCAUCACCAGCAUGAACAAAGCGCAGUCGGGCUGAGAGGUAACAACUACCGGACAUUUCUCCUGACCACCUGGGCGUUCUAGAUAGGACUUCGGCAAACUAUGACUGUAUAUGAAUAUAAUGAGUACUGGGAAUGUUGAAUGUUAUAGAGCAGUGACUGUGGAACGCUGGGCCGUACGUAUCAAGCUCCUCGGGCUACGUUUAGACCUUAGACUAACACAGUAGUGCCAGAUCUGCAAGGUGCGGAGAGGAUUUCCUGUAAAGACUUUGGCGUUUCAUAUUGACGGAUAUCAGAAUCGUGGCCGAUAUUCACAGAAAAUGCUGCAUUGGAUAUCAAGGGGAAAAACGAACGUGCUCCAAUUCUAGCCUGAAACAGCACACACUCUCAUUGCGUGAGGUCAUGUCAGCUUUUUUAAAGGAUCACUCAUUUCAACAGGUACUGCCCAACACUCGAGGUUUCAGAGACGGAUCAUUACGGCCGUCACGGUUAUUAUGCAGUCAGUUGGUUUCAAUUAUUUGCGCCGUUUACAAUCAUCAUCCGGUUACUGGCUUUUACAAUCACAUUCACAUCCCAACAAACAGAACACGAGGCGGGUGCAUCUUGGGUUGACAUAAAUAAUAAUAAUAAUAAUAAUAAUAAAAACCCUACUCCACCAUUAGAGGGCAGCGGUGAGUACUGUUUAUUGAGCUCGCUGGAAGCCAAUAAGCACAGAUUCAUGUGUUGAACCUACGCCUGAGAGACUGUCCAACUGGGGACAUUGAGCUAAAGUGCUGCAGAGAUCAGCGUCGACCCUCAUCUAACGCUCUGAAUUCAGUUCAGGAGGCCUUGCUGAUUAGCUGAUGUGCUGAAGUCUGGACUCGAGCCGGACAUGCGAUUACACCAACUGUAUUUUUCACCCUUCGGUCACUUAAACUUCGGACAUUUGACGCUGAUCUCAAAUCAGUCUCUUUCCUCUAGACCAGUGUAAUUUAUAUCGUCAGUUAGCUGGAAACAAGUGUGUAUUGCAGUGGGAGGCACCACACACUUUUUUGUCUAUAUUUGCCAAAAAAAAAAAAAAAAAAGUAAUUUUCACAACACAGUUGAAAACCGGGGUAUCAGCAGGUUCUCCUGAAGCCUGACACAUAAGGAGCUUGAUAUGUACGUUCCCAGAACUUGCUUUGUGAGUUCUGUAUUGCUUUUAUGAAUAAAGUUUGCUAUUAUAUGAAAUGAA